AUGUUAGUUGCUAGUAAAGGAGUUUUAGUUCGAUGUGAUCCAUCAAUUAAAGCACUUAUCAUACAGAUUGAUUCAGUUACACCUGGAAUAGUAUUAGAAGAAUUAGAUGAUACUCACUUAUUAAUACAACAAGAUAAAGUUGAAAUUGUUAAGAAUGAAUUAAAUAAAUUAUUAUCGAAAAAUAUCUACAACCCAUUUGAAGAAGAAUAA